UUUGAGCCUUUGACAUCGUUAUCCAUCACUACAAUAGAUUUAUUAAUAAAUAUUGACGGGUUGCCACUUUUUAAAAGUUCCCCCGGGCAACUAAUUCCCAUCUUAUUUUCUAUUCCAACAAUAGUUCAAUUGAAAGGUCAAGUUUUUCCCUUGGGUUUUUAUUAUGGGUUACAAAAACCUAAGAGUAUGUCAGCGUUUUUGAAUGACUUUGUUACUGAAGCUGUAGAUUUAAUCCAAAAUGGUUGUUUGUUGAAUAUGACAAAUGUUAUUGUAAGAAUAAUUGGUUUUGUGUGUGAUGCUCCAGCUAAAAGUGAUGUGUUAGGCGUUAAAGGACACAGUGGUUAUUCUUCUUGUACACGUUGUACUGUAGUUGGAGAAACGAGAAACCACAGAAGAAUUUUUUUAGAAACUAAUUGUGCUGCUAGAACUAACAGUGACUUUAUUAAUUGGAUUGAUCCAUCAUACAGAUUACAUGACACUUCUUUAGUUAAAAUACCAAAUUUAGAUUUUGUAAAUGGUUUUGUCUUAGACUAUAUGCAUUUGGUAUGUCUGGGGGUAAUGCGAACUUUAAUUGUGACAUGGUAUUCUGGAGAUUUACCUCACAGGCUUUCAUUUGAAAAUAUUUCAACAAUUUCUAAUAAUUUAUUACAAUUGGUUCAAAAUACACCAACUGAUUUUGUGAGGAAACCUAGAGAAAUAAAAUAUGUUCUUAGAUGGAAAGCCACAGAAUUUCGAAUGUUUCUAUUGUAUUUCGGCCCUGUUGUUUUAAAAGGCGUUCUAGAUCCUGAAAAAUAUAACAAUUUCAUUACCUUACAUGUGGCCAUUUCAAUUUUGUGCAAUACAUUUAGAUGCAAAGAUAAAGAUCAGAGACAGUAUGCUAGGUGCUUACUAAUUAAUUUUAUUAAAAAUGUGCAAACUUUAUAUAGUCCAGAUUUGAUGACUCAUAACUUUCAUGGACUUAUUCAUUUGACUGAUGAUGCUGAUUACUUUAUAGGCAAAAUCCCUGAUUUUUCUUUAGACAGUAUAUCUGCUUUUCCAUUCGAGAAUUAUAUGCAGCAAAUUAAGAGAAUGAAUGUGGACUCUUAUACAAUUUAUUGACGAUGAUGAUGAUAAUGAUUACGAUGUCAUUCCAACAUCAUGGAUUGUUAACAACACUACAUGCGUAUUUCCCCAAGAAAAGGCAUCAAAGGUGAAGUUUUUAGUAAAAAGUAAUGCCUCGCCAGAUAAAACCUGGGAAGAGAUGCAGAUACAAAUAAUACACAAUGAAAUUGGCAAUUACAACAAAGCUCUGCAAAUGAUGUUUAGAGCAGCAAAAAAAGCACCAUUAUUUUCAGAUGACGAAAAAGGCAGAGGACAUCGCCAAAAAAAAGAAACCAAGUUUCAUGGUGAAUGUGACUCAGAGGAAAAUUCGCCAAGAAACCGCAAUAAUUCUAAGGAGUUAUUGGAGGAAUCGCAUUACCCUACAGUUCCACCUUCAUUUUCUGUAAAAUACAAUAAGCAAGCCUCGACACCCGCACCUCACAAAAGGACAACAUUGCCACCUUCUGAACUGGCUUCAAAUCCGAGUUCAAGUUCUGCUCAAAAUAAUGACCCUGUCGUUCACUCCCACAGCACAUUUUCAUUGUCUGCUUUUGAGAAUGUGAAUGUGAACUGUGAUAUAAAAACCAAACACAACUGCACUUUUGAUGGGAAUAAUCUUCUCUUUUCUAUUGCACAACAGUUGUGCAAAUUAUCAGUUGAUAUGACUAAAAUGAAAACCCACUUGAAACAUAUAAGGGAAAAUACUAAUGAAAAAGUAAAUGCAACUGUGGAAGAAUCCUACGAUGCCGACGAAUUAUUUCUUUUUCCGAUAAAAAAUGAGGAGCAACUCCACAAUAUAGAGACGCAAUUAAAAAAUCCAGAUAAUAAUAAUAAAUUGAUAAAAACAUUGUUGCAUCAGGCUGAAGGCAAAUCUGUACCGAAGAUGGUAGGUUCGAUUAUGGCCUAUGUUAUUUCCAAUGAAGUGGCUUCCAAUUUCAGUUGGAAGGGCCAAAAAA